AUGGAGACGACGAACAACACGGAUCGGGCCAGGGUGCGGCGCGACGGCGGCUGGGGCGCCGCGGCGCGGCGGCUCGCCGAGCACGUCAGCACCAUCGUCGUGCUGUGGGCCGCGGACGCCACCGUCGCCUUCCCCGGCCGCCGGCUGCUGGGCGCUGGCAGCUACGGGGUCGUCUGCGAGGCCCAGGACCUCGGCCAGCAGGGCCGGGCCCUGGUCGCGAUCAAGCGCAUCCCGCGGGUGUUCGAGCACGUCGUCGAUGGGAAACGGAUUCUCCGCGAGAUCGCGAUCUUGAGGACACAGAAGCUCGGGCCCUCCUCGCGCGUGGUGCGGCUGCUGGACGUGCUCGUUCCGGACGGCCGCGAGACGUUCCAGGAGAGCUCUACCUUGUGA